AUGGAAGCGAUUUGGCAUUUCCUGGGCUGUACUUCGAUUGACAAAGCCGACCGCACUGACAAGGAUGCAUCGGACAUGCAGCUCAGUGCCUUUGAGUUCCGACACUACCGAACAAGUCUGGAGCAUAAUCAGCAGAAGUUGGUCGAGAGAGUUGUGAACCAAUGGGUUGCAAUGCUGGUGAAGGGCAUCGUGAUCAGGGUCAACGGGUUUGAGGAGAAGACCUUCCUUGACAAGGAUUUGCUGAAUUUGGAACUGAGUGACGAGCUCUAUCCGCUGGAUGCAUUGUGUCGAAUGACGAUGCGCAAAGAGUCCGACGAUGUGGUCAUGAAUGUCCCGUGGAUCCUAGAUCUCAACUUCGAUUUCGAAGAGGGUGAGGCGGUGUUGUCGUUCAGCUUUGAGCAAGAGCGCCAUCGGCUUCAAUUUGCAUUGAUGCUGCGGAUCUUGCGCACGCGCAAUCCUCGCUUGAAUCUUGCCGGCACGUUUGAAGUCGUGAACGAAGACGACGAUGAUGAAGACGACCCGGCAGUGUCGAAUUUCAAUAGGAUUGUUGGUUCCACGCGGUUUGAUGUUCAAGGAACGGGCAUCUCGGUCAUCAUCAGUGUGGGCUCAUUGAACAUCCACCAGCAUCUUCGAUGCAACAAUCGGCACGUCUACUUGGAGUUAUUCUCUGACUAUCCGCGAAGGGACAAGUUUCUCUACGCGAAGUCAAGCUACAACAAUCUUCCGGGGGCCGUUUUGCUGGGAGAAAAUGACAUGAAGAACGGUCGAAAGGAGAUGGACAACGCAGAUCAAGCCGACGGCCGGAAGGGUAAGAAGUCUGAUCAGCAUCUUUGUACAAUCAAUUUUGACUUGAAGAAUGUGAAGCUGAAGAUUCCCAAAGUUCCAUUUACAGUACAUGGCCGCCUGAUGGUGAAGGACGACUUCUUUCCUUCAGUUGUGGCGACUUUUGAGCUUCCGAUCUCGAAGGCUCAUUUACAGGACCUACGCGAGUCUGCAGAAAAGCAGGCAAAGCAGCCAGAAGCUGUUGAAGUGCCUUUGCUUCGAAGUUCGAAACAUUCCGAUGGGCCGCAAGAGAUUGCAAGCUUACAGGUGCGUUUUCUAGGCUUCGUGACUGAAGAAAACACCAGAAAGAAGCAGACAACCAACAGCAAGGGCAACAACGAAGCGUCAAGAGAAGAUACUUCCAGUGAAGAGGAGGACGACGAGGAGGAGGGUGAAGAAGAGGAGGAAGAGGACGACGAGGAAGCCGAGAGCGAGGAGAGAGGCAGUGGGUACCAAGAAAGCUCCAAUGCAGGCAGUCAGCAGUCCAGUGCUACAGCGUCAAGCAGGUAG